AAAUGAGGUGAAAGUAUAUCAACGCUCUCCAGACUCCACACAUACGGUUGUCAGCUUGAGUUAGCUUCAGGAACUGCUAACUAGCUUACUAACUGCGAAGCUUUAAAGAACCGUAACGAUCUUGGCUUUUGUUGCGUGCUAUUGUAAAGUGGUCGUCUUUGGCAACACGGAGUUAAAACACAGCGUGCAGUUGUGAGCCCCCCGCCGCCAGACGCUGCUGCUAGCUUUUCAGUCAGAAUGAGUUGGUUCAACGCAUCUCACCUGUCCAGUUUCGCUAAACAAGCUUUAACAUCGGCUCAGAAGUCCAUCGAUCGCGUUCUGGACAUUAAAGAGGAGGACCAGUGGGGUGACACCGUUGUGAUGCCAUCUGAUGAUGUUUCAUUACCUGGAAAACUCUCGUUAAGUGGAGGAUGGGGGAUGACUCAGUGGGAAGCACCUGCAGAAGAAGAGCCCACCACUCCUCCGCCCUCAUCGGGGGCCAUUACUACUCCUGUCACCCGUACUGUUGUGGAUGAAUCUGAGAACUUUUUCAGUGCCUUUCUCUCACCCGGGGAUGUCAACCCGGUUAGUAAAAGCCCGGUUGUGUCUGUACCCCCUACGAAAACCCAACGGAGACUUCAGAAGGAGGAGAAGAAAAGCAGAGAAGCUGUUUCUCAAGCCCAGAAAACUGAAGAGAGUCCUAAUAUAGAACCUGUUAAAGGUCCAGACAGUGAGACGGUAGCCGAGACUCCACUUGAGGAAACCAAGGAUUCACCAGCAGCACCUUACAAAGACAUUAUCCUCCUCCAGCCAGUUUCCCCCACUACUGCUACUUCCAGUGAUCUUCCUUGCAAAACUGACGAAAGUGAAAAAGAAGAUGAAGGUUCACCGGUUCCGGCUGAACAGAACAAAACAGGGCAGUCAGACACUUUGUCAGAAAACACGGUGGAACCUGACGCCCCAAACCCACCUCCAGAGCCCUCAGCUUCUGAAGCGAAGUCUCCCACAGAUUCUGCAGCCUCAUCAUCCUCCAAAGAAGCAAACCCAGAUCAGAAAGAGCGCAAGACAGAGGAUCGUCAAACAGACACCCCGUCUCCUCCGGUCAGCGCUUUCUCCUCAGGAACCUCUACCACAAGUGACAUUGAAGUUCUUGAUCACGAGAGCGUGCUGAGCGAAAGCUCCGUCAGCUCCAGACAAGAAACUGGCGAAAGCAAAGCAGGCCUUCACCUCAUGCAGGGAUCCUUUCAGCUUCUCACUGCCUCCACCUGUGGAGAUUUUCCCCAACUAGAGGAUUACCCGAAGCUCACGGAGAGCUGCGGUUCCUCCUCAGAUGCAUUCGAGCGGAUCGAUUCAUUCAGCGUGCAGUCACUGGACAGCCGGAGCGUCAGUGAGGUCAACUCGGAUGACGAGAUCUCUGGCAGUCGGACUCUGGCGUCUGUCACCGCUGGUCCUGCUUCUUUAACGUGUGAGAAGCAGGAAGACGGAGUAAUGGAAAAAGAGGGUGAGGAGGAGACGUCUGAGGAGAAGGAACACCCAGAGAGGACAAGGGAGCAGUCACUGGACGAGAUGGAGGAAAGUGGGCGAAGUGCGACGCCUGUGAACAGCGAGCAGCCCGAAGAGCUGACAGAGAUGGAGCCUGAAGCCUUUAUUUCAGUGUUUGAGCCUCCGCUCAAAGCGGAAGGACAGAGCGAUCUGCCCAUCACCGAGGAGAUGAAAAGUGUUUCUACUGUUCAGAUAUUGGAGCUUCAAAAGGUAAUCGAUGAUCUGUCCAGUCGCCUUGAGAAAAGAGAGUCCCAGCUGCUGGCGGUUAGCAAAGAGAAGGCCAGGCUGGAGGAGGAUUGUGACAAUUUGAAAGAUGAAGUGACAAACUUGAAGGAAGAAAGCUCCACUGUCCAGUCCCUAAAAGAUGAAUUCACACAGCGCAUUGCAGAAGCCGAGAGAAAGGCUCAACUGGCUUGUAAAGAAAGAGACAUCGCCAAGAAGGAGAUAAAGGGCCUCCGAGAGGAGCUUUCUACAAGACUGAACUCCAGUGAUACAAUGGAGAUAAUCAAAGAAAAGGAGGAGCAGAUCAGGGGGCUUCUGGAGGAAGGUGAAAAGCUUUCCAAGCAGCAGCUGCAGCACAGCAACAUCAUCAAAAAACUGCGUGCCAAGGAGAAGGAGAGUGACGCAAAGAUAAUGAAACAGCAGAAGAAGAUCAAGGAGCAGGAGGACGAGCUCAAGCAUUUGCAGGAGGUACUCGAUGGGAAGGAGGAGGUGGAGAAACAGCACAGGGAGAACAUCAGGAGGCUGAACGGUGUUGGAGAACAGCAGGAAAAGGAUCUGAGCCGGCUGCAGACGGACGUGGAGGAGCUGCAGGAGAAAAAUAGAAGUCUUGAGGCUGCACUCGAUAACUCCUACAAGGAGCUGGCGGAGCUUCAUAAGAUGAACGCCAGCCGAGUCAGUGAGGCUGAGGAGGCUGCUCUGAGCAGGGAGACCCAGGCCAAAGAGCAACUGAGCCUGACUCUGGAGAAGGCCCAGGAGGAGGCCCGGAUACAGCAGGAGGUGCUGGCCAACCAGGUGGCUGAUCUGAGGCUCGCUCUGCAGAGAGCAGAAAUCCAGCAAGCAAGGAAAGAAGAUUAUUUGAGGGAGGAGAUCAGUGAGCUUCAGCAGAGAUUGCAGGAAGCCGAGAACAGAAACCAGGAGCUCAGUCAGAGCGUCACCUCGGCCACCCGACCUCUUCUGCGACAAAUUGAGAACCUGCAAGGCUCAUUAGGGGUACAAACGGCAUCCUGGGAGAAAAUAGAGAAGAACAUUUCUGACAGACUAGUGGACGCCCAGGCUCAGCUCGCGGUUGCUGUGGAGAAGGAGCGAUCCGCAACAGAAGAACUACUUUCCAUCAAGGCUCAGCUGGUUUCUCUGGAAUCUCAGAAUUCCUCACUCCGCCAUGAAAAAGCUAAGCUUCUUACACAGGUGGAAGCUGAAAAAAACAAAAGAGAGAAGCUGGAGGAUGAGAGCAGCAGAGAGCAUGCUGAAUUAACAAAUUUACGAGGCGAGCACAGUCGUUUGAUGGAAGAGGCCAAAAAAGAAAAGCUGCUGCUGGUCAACCAACUAGAAAUGGAGAAGAUUAAGGUGGAGAAGGAGAAGAAGAAAUGCUAUUUGGCACAAGAGGCUCUAAAGGAAAAGGAGCGGAAGGCAAUGACCAACUCUGUAGGAGAGGCCCCCGGAUCUUCCACACCCUCCCUGUCUCGUUCCAGCUCCGUCAGUGGAGCAGACAAUGUUGGGCUGCACAUUUCUGUUCUCUCACAGGAUGACUCUCUAGACCACUCUCUGGGAACAAUGUCGAUGUCAGUGAGCGGGACCAAUCUGUACGAGGCCGCCAGGCUGUCAGGAGGCUCCAGUAUCAUAGAGAACCUGCAGUCGCAGCUCAAACUCAGAGAAGGAGAAAUAGCACAACUGCAGCUUGAGAUUGCAAACUUGGAACGGAGUCGUGCUGUGAUGACAGAAGAACUGGUUCGACUGACAAACAGGAACGAUGAGAUGGAAGAAAUGGUGAAAGGCAUUCCGAAGUUGAAAAUUCAACUCAAGGAUCUGGAACAAAGACACAACACCAUUCUACAGAUGUAUGGAGAAAAAGCAGAGGAAGCAGAGGAGCUGAGGCUGGACCUUAUAGAUGUAAAGAACAUGUACAAAACUCAGAUUGACGAAUUGCUGCAGAGCCGGAAAUAAACCAGAAUCACUUACAAUUUUUUUUUUGCAUUAAAUUCCUCCAUUGAAAGAAA